AACUUCCUGUAUGUCGAAUGCCCAAUUCUUGAAUCACUUUUGUGUGUCUACCUAACAACCCCAACUCACCCACCCAACUCUCUCCGCCCCUGAACAUUGAAUGGCUGAUCCGUCGUCCCAAGUUCCUCUGCUUCGUGUUGCAUAUCAGGGAGUUCCUGGUGCAUAUAGUCAGCUUGCUGCUGAGAGGGCGUAUCCGAAUUGUGAAGCUGUACCUUGUGAGCAAUUCGAGACUGUUUUCGAAGCUGUUGAGAAGGGGCUUGUUGAUCGAGCUGUUUUACCUAUUGAGAAUUCUCUAGGGGGUAGCAUCCAUAGGAAUUAUGAUCUUAUGUUGCGGCAUAGACUUCAUAUAGUUGGUGAAAUAAAAGUUGUUAUUCGGCAUUGCUUAUUAGCCAAUCAUGGUGUAACACUUGAAGACCUGAAACGAGUGUUAAGCCAUCCACAGGCUCUUGCUCAAUGUGAGAAUACAUUGACCAAGUUUGGAUUAAUUAGAGAAGUAGCUGAUGACACUGCUGGUUCAGCACAAUAUAUUGCAAACCACCAGCUCAAAGAUGCAGGUGCAGUUGCUAGUGCCACAGCUGCUAAAAUCUAUGGACUAAAUGUACUAGCUGAAAACAUUCAGGAUUAUUCUAAUAACAUCACUCGAUUCUUGAUGCUAGCAAGGGAGCCAAUAACUCCAUCAGCUAUUAGGCCAUUCAAGACAAGUAUUGUUUUUGCACUGGAUGAGGGUCCUGGGGCAUUAUUUCCAGCACUUGCUGCAUUUUCUUUGAGGCAAAUCAACCUCACAAAGAUUGAAAGUCGUCCAAAUCGAGCUAGCAAAAAUGGAUCACUAAAGUGCUUCAACUAUCUUUUCUAUUUGGAUUUUGAAGCAUCAAUGGAAGAUAAAGCUGCGCAAAAUGCUGUCAGAAAUAUUGAGGAGUUUGCUUCAUCGCUGAGAAUAUUGGGCAGUUAUCCAUCAGAUAUUGGCAUGUCAUAACUAAAUUGACAGCGGCAUGCAUCAACGUGAUCCUUGAUAUUGCAGCAACAUUGGAUUGGCUUUUUCUUCACUAAUCAAGUUUAUCCCUUGAGCAAUUAAAGAACAGUGGUUAAUUUCUGCCCUUAAAUAUGUGUACCGAAAAAAAUCAUCAUUAAUAACAUAAUACUAAAACAAACAUUAGGAAUGACACAUGUCACUUCCUGAUACCGUUUUUUGCUCCAAAGCCCUCAUUUUUAUUUCUUUUCAUUUUUCUCCGUACUUAGCAUAGUAUUAUAAUAUUACCUUUCUAUUUGACUAUUUUUUCAUACAAUAAAAAAAUUCAUGCCAUCUAUUUCAUGGCAAUGUCUCAAAUUUUCCAUAUUCUUGUACCUAGUAUAAAGUAUUUUC